GAGAAUUUUCCAAGCUCUAUCUCAACCCCCUCUCUCUCUCUAGAACCUCCUCGAUUUCUCUCUCUCUAAGCUUUCGAAUUAGGGUUUCUCUUCGCAGUUCUGUGAUCUGAGGUCUUGGAUUUCGGCUGAGUUCGUGAUUCUCCGGCGAGGAAUCGGUUUUCCGUUGCUUUCUCAGCAACCAAACGGGAUUUGAAGGGGGGAAGAGUUUGGAUGGUUAUAAUUGAUUAGAAGAUAAGUGAUCUAUCACUAUUGAUUUCUGAUUAUUUUAGUUUUUGGUUGUUGCUUUUAUUGAGUUGACGUACGGAGGCCAAGGGUGGAUUUGUGUUUUAAAUAUGACAUCUUAUCAGGCAAGUGCAUCUGCUUUUAAUGCCGGAUAGAACAAAUUGGAGGAAUGUCUGACUUGCAUAUGUACGAGGUUCUCAAGAGAUAGAAGAUAAUUGGUGGAGGGCAUGAUUGGGAUGGCCUCUACCAUAUUGAUUGCAAUAUUAGUCUUGAAGAUAUAUUUUGGGAUGAAUUUGAUCAGACUGAUGAUCAUAUAGUACCUCACCCUGGUUAUGAACACGGGAUUGAACCAGCAUUUGAGGACAAUAGCUGUAAGAAACCUCGACGUGAAGUAAUUGGCAUUUCAAGUAAGGCUGCUGACCGUUCUACUGCUAAGUAUGUUAGUAGGGGAAAGGGUGGAGGAUUCCAACCUUUGAAGAACGCAAGGGGUACAAUGUUGGAGAAAAAUUCAUGGUCUAAUACACCUGAAGGUGUCUUUCCUGCUUCAUGUGAUAGUCACUCAAACAAAGAAGUGACAAGCUUAGCAUCAGAUAAUACAAGGAUAUCUAGUCAUUGCUUGAAAACCAGUAACAUAGAUACAGUUGGUACAGAGUUUUGUGUUGAUGAUCCUAACACUAUUGAGAGGUGUGCUGCGGUUGAUAGUAACUCCUAUCGUUAUCCUCUGGGUGACAUUUGUCAAACAGACGAUGGUCUCAGUUUCUUAGGUAAUGAUGAUGGGUGGCCUGAUAUCGGAAAUUUUGACGAUGUUGACAGGAUGUUUAGAAGUUGUGAUUCAACAUUUGGGCUUGGGAGCGUUGGCAAUGAAGAUGAGUUUAGUUGGUUAUCAUCAUCACAUACUAUUGAAGAAUCUGAGGAUGUGUUGAAGUCAGCCUUCGAGUUUUCUUGUCCUGAAUCAAGUCCAUUUAAAAAUAUAUCAGAACAACAUGAACCUUCUAAACUGAACAAUGGAAGUUCUUCAGUAAAUGAUUCCAACAUGGACUGUGCAUCUAUUAGCUAUAAAUCUAGUUUUCAGGCAUCAGAAGGCGGUGAGCCUGAUGAUCUUGGUCACUUGACUUUCUUGAAUGGGUCUGAUGCUAUUUCUGAAAUCAAAGAUGAGUUUGCACCUAAAGAGCAGGGAGUUGAGUUUAAUGGUGCAGUUCAUUUCAACACUUCAACGGACCGCUCUAAAGAUGAAAACAGUGUGAUGAUCAAUUUUCACAAGAAGCAGGCAAAGCACCGUAAUCAAUCAGAAGGAAAAAGAAAGCAGCGCUCAGAGAAUGGUGGUUUAUUCCAUCAUACUGGCAGCAUACAGUUUAAAGACACUAAGUUCCCUUCCAGGGACUCAUCUCAUCAAGCUUUCACCUCUCCAGACAUGCAGGAAAGCUCUUGCAUGAGCUCUGGGUUGGAUGAAAUCUCACUGGAAGCAUCUAGUUUUCGCCACCUUCAACAAGUCAUGGAACAGCUGGAUAUAAGGACAAAAUUAUGCAUAAGGGAUAGUCUGUACCGCUUGGCUAGGAGCGCUGAACAAAGACAUCAUUAUGUAAAUUUGAAUGGUGGCAGCAUAGAUGAUAGAGACACCAGUGGAGCGUUGAUGGCUGAAGGAACAAAUAAGUGCAAUGGUUUUAUGGAUAUGGAAACUGAUACAAACCCUAUAGAUCGGUCUAUAGCGCACUUGUUAUUUCACAGGCCUUCUGACCCAUCUGUAAUCCCAGCUCAUAAUGGUUCAUCUCGCAAUUCACAUACCAUGAUUCAUGGGUCUAUCACCAGUCCACCUGUGAAGGCUGAGAAACUGGUUUGUCAGGAAGAAGCUGCCAGUGAAGCAGAUCAAAAAGUUUUUGAUCACUAGUGACGAGUACUAAUGAAAUCAUUAGCUUCAGCGCAGUCACAAAUGAAACAUGUCUAUUAUGAAUUUACAGUGCAUGAUCAUGUAUAAAGUACAUCUGGGAAGC